AUGGCGGAUAUGGAGUCGUUGUAUUUGACGCGCGUCGGUAGCUUUCGGAUCAAGGUCCUCGUUCCGUGGAGCAGAGACGACUUUGACGCUGACGAAGAUCUGCCUCGCACCGCUACUAUUAAAGAAAAUCGUGUCGUAUGA